AUGUCAAGUGAAAAGAUAAAAAUAGAAGAGUAUUUCUUAGAGUUUUUGAAAGUAGAUGAUACAUCAGGAUUAGGCCUCUUUAAUGAAUUACAAAAUAUUUUGAAGUCUCUUGAUCUUGAUAUUGGGAAUGUGAGAGGACAAGGCUAUGAUAAUGGUUCUAAUAUGAAAGGAAAACACCAAGGAGUUCAAAAAACAUUGCUUGAAAUUAAUUCAAAAGCAUUGUUUAAGCCAUGCGCUUGCCAUAGUUUGAAUCUUGUUGUUAGUGACAUGGCACAUUCUUGCUCUACCAAAAGGUGGAAUGUUUUACUUAAGCAUAUUUCAUGUUUUACAGUAAAAAAUCUGUCUAAUACUAGAUGGGAGAGUCGAAUUAAGAGUAUUAAAGCUAUAAGGUAUCAAGCUCCUCAACUAAUGUCAGUAUUGAUAGAAUUGCAUAGUUUGUGUGAUGAUGCUAUAUCAAAGAGUGAAACCGAAAGUUUGGUAGAUGCGCUUGAGAAUUAUGAGUUUUUGCUUGGUAUGGUUAUUUGGCAUGACAUUUUAUAUGCUAUUAACAUGGUAAGUAAGAGCUUACAAGCUAAAUCUAUGCGUAUUGAUACAGCUUUGAAGCAAGUGGAAGGUGUGAUAUCUUUUUUUGAGAAUUAUAGAAAAGAUGGAUUUACAUCUAGUAUGGAUAUAGCUAAAAAUCUUGUUCAUGAUAUGGAUGUUAAUGCUAUAUUUCCAACUAAGCAUAGGAGGUUUAAAAAAAAACAGUUUGGUGAAAAUGAUCAUGAUGAAGUUAUACAAACACAUGCUGAUGCUUUCAAAGUCGAUUAUUUUUUUAUUGUUGUGGAUAUGGCAAUUGCUUCCUUGAAGGACAUAUUUGAGCAAAUGAAAACCUUUGAAACUGUUUUUGGAUUCCUAUUUAACUCGGUUAGGUUAAAGUCACUUGAUGCUAUUCAAUUAAGAGAAAUUUGUGCUAAAUUUCAUAACACAUUUUCCUAUGGUGGCUCGUCAGAUGUUGAUUUAGAUGAACUUUUCUCUGAAUUAAGAGUAUUGCAGGCAACUUUAUCUAACGAACCAAUGGCACCUUGUGAAGUUCUUGAAUUUGUAAAAGAAGUGGGUUGUUAUCCAGAUGUUGCUAUUGCUUAUCGAAUCUUAUUAACCACUCAUGUGACAGUUGCAUCAGCUGAAAGAAGUUUUUCCAAGUUGAAAUUGCUGAAAAAUUAUUUGAGGUCAUCAAUGUCUCAGGAAAGGUUGAAUGGUUUAGCAAUUUUGUGCAUUGAAAAAGAAGUUUUAGAGAAAAUAGUAGAUUUCUGUGAUUUUCUGUUACCAACACAAGCAGAGAAAGUUGAGCGUGAUGCGGCAGUGGCGAGUGUGUCAAGUAUUAUUAAGUAUAUCUGGCCAAGUUGUAAGGUUGAGGUUUUUGUGUCAUACAGGACAGGGCUUUAUCUUCCAACAAGAUGGAUGUAA